AUGGAGCAUAUCGAUAUAUCGAUUUUGGUUGGGCUUAACCCAGAGCAUGUUGCUCCAUUACGAUCAACAACCCUAAACAUAGCGAUAGAACUCUCGAAUUGUCUAAUGUUACCAAUGAAC